AAAUUGAAAUUCAAAAAGCCUUCAAGGAAUUUUUGAAUUCAAAAGGAGAAGAACCAAAACAAGCUUGGUGUGAAACGUGCGAAGACGAUUACAAAUUUUGUGACCAUAAACACAAAGAAAUAAACUUUCUAGACGUAGUCAGAUUUUUUCAAUUUUCAAAAAAAUAUUGUGAUUAUGAUCAUUAUUUUAUAGUUAGUGAUUUCAUUCAAAAUAAAUGGGUUUCUAGAAAAUUAGAUGAAUAUCAUGUAUUACAAAAUAUUAUGACAGAGUGA